UAAUUUCCAGAGCUCCUCCCAGCCCUAUCGAUCCCGAGAGGCAGCUCCACGUCCCACCACUGAUGUUUGUGUUGUGGGUUUCUAUACCGAGACGAGUCGCACCCAUCUGAAGAGUGUGCGAGACAUCUGCACUGCGUCUGCAACUAGAAUGCAAGUCCGGGUUGAGGUGACUGGGUUCACAGUUCACCGACACGAGGAUCUCAGUUCGAUUCCCCACGCUAAGGUGUACAUGAUGUUCGUCGACUUUAAUGAAAGGAACGUCAUCCUGGAAGAUCCGCGUAAAGGACUUGGAGACCUCCGGCUGCUCACUGUGCGCACUCUGUGGGAUCUGCGCGGUGACGUCAUACUGGUUUACGCGGGAGAUGUGGGUUCAAAAGGCCUGGAAGGAAAUGAUCUCUACAACUAUGGUCUGACGUCAAUCAACAACCAUACGGAACUCUCAAAGCUGAAAAACCAACAAAGGAUGUUGAGCGUGCACAAGACAUUUUCUCCGUAUCAGCGCAACCACAUCAAGGACAUAGUGACAGCGAAAUGUGUUUAGUUUAGUUUAGUUUUAGUAUCACGUUAACUGCGUUUACCCACCACCCACCAACAUUUUAUUACAUGAAACUAAAAAUAAUGUCACGAUAUAAAACUACAGAGAAAACAUAAUAUAUAUAUAUAUAUGUGUGUGUGUGUGUGUGUGUGUGUAUAUAUAUAUAUAUAGGUUAUU